AUGGCAAAGAUGGUGUUUGGACCAACUGCUAAUGUUAAUCUAUUCACUGUGACUGCACUGAAGUCCAUGUGUUCAUUAGAAGAGGAGCUGAUAGCGUUAGAUUCUCCUUGUCUUUCUUGGUCGUUAGGAAACUCUGUUGCUGUGUUUAAUGGGAAAUCAUCAUGCUUAAAUAUUACUGAUGAGGAUGUGGAUAAGAUGUUAGAGACUUUACUGAAUUGUGAAGGAUAUUAUAACGAUGGUACAUUGCAUGAUGACUGUUGGCAGACAUCUCAAUGCAGUGUUCCUACCUAUUGUGCCAAGUAUAAUAUUGUGUACAAUAUUUUUCAUUUUCUGACCAGUAUCAAUUUUAAGCCAUCAGAAGGGACAGUAAAAACCGCUAUUACAGUGUUGCCUGUAUAUAGGUAUAAUGAUGAUCUAAUUGAAAUAUUUCAGAAAAGUUUUCCAGACGGGAAACCUGUCAGUGAUGGUAUAAGUACUGUCACUUCCCUUGAUUUUGAAAUUAAAUCUGACAUAUUUUCCGACUAUUUAUUAGAAGAUUCUAAAUAUGGGGUAAUUGCUGCCUGCAUCAUAUUACUUUUCAUGUGGUUAUACAUUGGAUCAAUUUUUAUCGUUCUAAUGGCUGUACUUUCCAUGUUUUUUUCUCUAAUUUUUGCAUACUUUAUUUACACGGUUGUAUUACAGAUCUUUUUCUUUCCUUUUAUGAAUAUGCUUGCCUUUGUUUUGUUGAUUGCCAUUGGUGCUGAUGAUGCCUUUGUUUACUGUGAUAUAUGGAAGCACACUAAACAGGCCAAUGCACAGAGCACUAAAGAGUCUAUAAUUGGCAAAGCAUUACGGCAUGGUUUUCUUACAAUGUUUGUCACUAGUUUUACUACUGCUGCAGCACUAUUUGCUAACAUUGUCAAUCCAAUUACAUCUAUUCGCUGUUUUUCCAUCUAUACAGGCAUAGCUAUUUUAUGUAAUUUUAUUCUGACAGUGACAUGGUUACCGGCUGCAGUGUCAUUGCAUGAUAUAUGCUCUGCAUUCCUAUGCUGCGAAGAACAUUCCCCCAUUAUGAAAAAUUUACUUGUUAGUACAUGCUGUACAGGUGUUCGGAAAAUAUCCUUCUUUUUCACAGAAACUGGAAGGAUUUUUUUUGAUAAACUUCUUCCAUGGUUAGUGAUCAAAUUCCGGUACUUGUGGCUAAUCAUGCUAUCACUGUUUACUAUUGGGGGUUUUAUAGUGGUCUUUGUAACUCCGAAACUUUCUCUACCAACAGUGAAUGAUCUCCAAUUGUUUACAUCAUCUCACCUUUUAGAAACAUAUCAACUCAAGUACAAAGACAGAUUUCACUUUGAAAAUGUGCAAAAUAAGGAGAUAUAUGGCCAAGCACCAGUACGCGUUGUCUUUGGUAUUGAAGCCAAUGAUAAUGGCGACUAUUUGGAUCCAGAUAACUUUGGAAAUGUAACAUUUACGUCAACAUUUGAUGUUUCAACUGCUGCGUCACAAGAAUGGUUACUUAAUUUCUGUGCACAGUUGAGAAAUCAAUCAUUUAUUCUCACAUCACAGGGUGUACAAAUUGAAAAUUGUUUGAUUGAAACGUUUAAAUGGUGGAUGGAUAGUCGUGUUUUACUGGAUACAGAGUCUCUCAAAGUGUGCAUUGUUUAA